AGACAAACCAGUAGGUUCAAAAACCAGUCGGCACGUAACACCGGCGUGUCCCCGGCCCGGGGAGAUGUAUAUUAUGAUAUAACACGCGUGUCCUUGCGACGCAGCGCCCCAGGCUGUGAUUGGUCCGCUAACUGCGUCCUUCACGCAGUCUCACAUCAACGCUUUCACAGCACAAUACGGCCGUUAUUAAAAGGAAGAAUGUUUAGGAGAAGUAAAGACUUGACCGUUACCAUGAAGAAAGGACGAAUCUUCUUCUGUCCGUCAAUCAUAGAACUGUUUACUUCCUGUCGUCCAUCCGACCUGUCUGUCAGUCACCCAUCUGGUAUUUCUAAAGAUUAUCUCCUAACCACUAUAGCUCGACCUGUUGAUGAGAGAUUGGACUCCUCAUCAACUCUCCUAACCACUUGUCCUUGACCUCCUGACGUUUUCCACAGAGGUCAAGGAAAGGUGGUGAGGAAUAGACGCUAGGAGGUCAUUUUUUUCCCUAUUCGCAUCCAGCCCAGUAGGUUUAAAUACCCGUUGGGGUUUAACGCCCCGAUCAUAAAGAAGGUAAAACAUUUCUACAUCUCAUGGUUAAACUUGCUGAUGACGAGGCGACGCCCCCAGUCAGCGGCCAUCGGGCCCGAUGUCAAUGACGUGCGUUCUUCUGCUUCCAGUGAUGUCGCCAUGAUGUUGGCGGGGAAGCAGCGGUACCGGGACGUCAGCCCCGUCACUCUACAGCUGGUGGGCGGGGUCGUGAGCUCCAGCCUGUACUGUGGGGAGGUGGAAGGUCUGUUGGGGCUGGUGGAGUCCUUCAUGGUGGAGCUCUAUCGCUGUAAACUUUGUCAGUUCACCUGUGGCCUGAAGGCCUCUAUCAGCAGCCACCUGCAGGUUAGGCACCGCCUCCAAACGCUCACGUACCUGGGGGAGGGCGGCGAAGGGGGUGCGGCUGGGGACCGGGAGGAAGGGGGGGUCCGGCAGAGGGCGUCGCCCUAUCACUUUGAUCUGAACGGAGAGUCGAAGCAGAGCAAUGAAGACGAAGACUUCCUCCUCUACAACAUGCUGGACAACAUGAGCCCGCCCACCUGUGACAUCGGCAGCGAAGGCGUGCUUCAAGUUGCACACACCUGUGAGGUCAACACGCUGUUCGAGGAGUCGUCCUCCAUGUUCCCCCCACAAGAGGCUUCAGUGGAUCUGUCUUGUCCUCUAGACCCUGGUGGCGCCCAGGAGGAGACGGCUCAGUCCGCUCACCUCAUGACUUUGGGACUGUGUCGCAUCUCGGCUGCCAAAGCUCCUCAUCGCGCUCCCGCCUGCUCCUCCCCCCCCCGCCCUCCGGCUGAGGACCCCUCCUCCAGCCUGAAACCGAGCGGCACUGACCCCCAGCGGACAAAGCUGCCGUGUCCCCUGUGUCCGCUGAUCCUGCCGUCCAGGCGCUUGCUGGACGUCCACGUCCGGUCUCACCGGGCGGCGGGCGACUUCGGCUGCGUCUGCUGCAGCUGGACGGCCGACAGCUGGGAGGAGCUGGAGCGCCACUGGAGGAGCCACAGCCGGAGGAGGAGGGAGGAGCCGGGCGGGAAGAGGAAAGUGGCAGCGUCCCGUCAGCUCGGCUGUCCCGUCUGUCUGAGGAGGUUCAGGAGCGCCGCCUUGCGUAAAGCUCACCAACAAACACACAGCGGUUACAAUCGGCGUCGCCACUCCAACCACUCAGAUGGAUGGAGGAGCUGCCCGACUGGGCGAGCAGGAGAGAAGGACGACGAGUUUUCCGACAGUCAGACCAGCAGACUUCUCACUGGUCCUCUGCCCAGUUUCGCUGAGAAGAGGAAGAAGAGCAGGAGAGACGAAGGAGAAGCGAAGAAGAAGAGCAGCGACGCAGGUUUCUGUUGCUCUCUUUGCCACAGGAAGUUCUCCUCUAAGUUGACUCUGAGGCGUCACCUGGGAACUCACGAAGGAGAGAAACCCUUCAGCUGUCCUCACUGUUCCUACAGCAGCAGGCUGAAGGCCUCACUGCAGCAACACCUGAGGACUCACACAGGUGAGAAGCCGUACAGGUGUACUGAGUGUUCCUAUGCGUCGAUAGAUCGCAGCUCUCUGCUGAGACACAGAAGAACGCACAGUCAGGAGAAACCGUACAGCUGUCAGCACUGUGACUACAGCAGUAUCCAAAAGAAGAGUUUGGAUCUUCAUGCUCGGCGACAUCACACCGGUGAGGCGUUUCCAUGCCGACAGUGUGAUUACUCAAGUCCGGACCGUCAGCUGCUGGUGAGACACAUCAGCAGACACCACGCCUGUGGCCUCACUGGGGAUCAAGCACUUUGAUUUGACUAUCAGUUUGUGGGUGGAGCUUCUCCUCCAUUGAAGGUUUUUAUUGGUUAUUUACUGGAUUUCUACAUGGAAAUAAACUGUUCAUAAAUCAUAAAA